ACCAUCACCAAACCUGCAAAUCACCAACCUAUCCACUCUUUCCAGGCUUUGACCCUGGGCGAACUCGGUUUGGUCCUUCUCCCCCUCGUGAAUGUGCGCGCCCGCGCUGUUCUUUGGGCGUGAUUGAUCGCUUGUAAAGCAUCAUGGCGUCAAACCUUCCAGCCCAGCCAAAUCUCCGGGUCACGAUUAUCGCGGCUGACGGCUUGUACAAACGUGAUGUCUUUCGAUUCCCCGAUCCAUUCGCCGUGGCUACUGUUGGAGGAGAGCAAACACAUACAACCUCUGUGAUCAAGAAGACUCUGAAUCCCUACUGGAAUGAGCCAUUCGAUUUGAGAGUCAACGAGGACAGCAUUCUUGCGAUUCAGAUCUUUGACCAGAAGAAAUUCAAGAAGAAGGACCAGGGUUUCCUUGGAGUCAUCAAUGUCCGCAUCGGCGAUGUCAUUGACUUGUCGAUGGGUGGUGAUGAAAUGCUUACUCGGGAUCUGAAAAAAUCGAAUGAUAACCUCGUGGUUCACGGGAAAUUGAUCAUUAACCUAUCCUCAAACCUCAGCACCCCACAUCCGAACCAGAAUGGACUCCAACGUCAACAGGCCCAGACCUCGACUUCCAGCGUUCAUCAUUGGCCCAGCGCACUUCGACCACCGGCCCCCGGCCGGUGCUCCUCCCUCGUUGAAUGGCGCCCCCACCAACCCCCUGGACCUGGCGCCCCAUCUCGCGCCAACCUCAGCUCCUUUGAGGACAGUCAGGGUCGACUCCCUGCCGGAUACGAACGACGCGAGGACAACUUGGGACGGACAUAUUAUGUGGACCAUAACACGCGCACCACGACAUGGUCACGACCAUCGGCCAACUACAACGAGCAUACCCAGCGUUCGCAGCGCGAAGCCAACAUGCAGCUUGAGCGUCGGGCCCACCAGAGCCGAAUGCUUCCCGAAGAUCGAACCGGCGCCAACUCACCCAACCUGCCAGAUGCCCAGCAGAUACCUACACCACCGCCCGGGCCUAACGCAGGAACCUCUCUCGCAACUGGAGCCCCAGCUGGGUCCAAUGCCGCUGCGAUCUCCAUGAUGGCGACGGGAGCCACCACUGCAGGCACAGGGGAGCUUCCACCAGGCUGGGAACGACGCGUGACGCCCGAGGGACGUCCUUACUUCGUGGACCACAACACGCGCACAACGACAUGGGUCGAUCCUCGUCGGCAGCAGUAUAUCCGCAUGUAUGGCCAGGGACAGACCACAGGUGGCGCGAACAACACCACCAUUCAACAGCAGCCCGUAUCCCAAUUGGGUCCUCUCCCCAGCGGCUGGGAGAUGCGUCUUACCAACACGGCUCGUGUAUAUUUCGUUGACCACAACACCAAGACGACUACCUGGGAUGAUCCGCGACUACCCUCCUCUUUGGAUCAGGGUGUGCCCCAGUAUAAGCGUGACUUCCGCCGCAAGCUGAUUUACUUCCGGUCCCAACCCGCGUUGCGCAUUAUGUCCGGACAGUGCCACGUUAAAGUCCGUCGUAAUAACAUCUUUGAGGAUUCAUAUGCCGAGAUUAUGCGCCAGAGUGCAUCCGAUCUUAAGAAGCGCCUAAUGAUCAAGUUCGAUGGCGAAGAUGGUCUUGACUACGGUGGUCUUUCACGUGAAUUCUUCUUCCUCCUCUCUCACGAAAUGUUCAAUCCCUUCUACUGUCUCUUCGAAUACUCUGCCCACGAUAAUUAUACCUUGCAGAUUAAUCCCCACUCGGGCGUGAACCCCGAGCAUCUCAAUUACUUCAAGUUCAUCGGCCGAGUGGUUGGUCUGGCUAUCUUCCACCGUCGUUUCCUGGAUUCCUUCUUCAUUGGAGCUUUCUACAAGAUGAUGUUGCGGAAGAAGGUCAGUCUUCAGGAUAUGGAAGGUGUGGAUGAGGAUCUGCACCGAAAUUUGGCAUGGACACUGGAUAAUGACAUUGAAGGAAUUGUGGAACUCACAUUUUCGGUUGACGAUGAGAAGUUUGGCGAGCGUCGCACUAUUGAUUUGAUACCCGGUGGCCGGGAUAUUCCCGUCACCAACGAGAACAAGCCACAGUACAUUGAGUUGGUUACGGAAUGGAAGAUCAUGAAGCGUGUCGAGGAGCAGUUCGAUGCCUUCAUGUCUGGAUUCAACGAGCUUAUCCCCCCGAUCUCGUCAACGUCUUUGAUGAGCUUGCUCAUUGGUGGUAUCGCCGAUAUCGAUGUCGAAGACUGGAAGAAGCACACCGAUUACCGCGGCUACCAGGAGCAGGAUGAAGUCAUUCAGAACUUCUGGAAGAUUGUCCGCACCUGGGAUGCCGAGCAGAAGUCCCGUCUUCUCCAGUUCACUACUGGUACCUCGCGUAUCCCUGUCAACGGAUUCAAGGAUCUGCAAGGAUCCGAUGGUCCCAGACGGUUUACCAUUGAGAAGUCUGGUGAUCCUAAUGCGCUACCCAAGUCGCACACUUGCUUCAACCGUCUUGAUCUCCCUCCUUACAAGACGCACGAUGCCCUCGAGCACAAAAUGUCUAUCGCGGUGGAGGAAACGCUUGGCUUUGGACAGGAAUAGAGAGUCUGUUGCUAUUAUCUCUACUCUGCCUCUACUGUACCUGGAUCUCUCUCCCUCUUCCCCUCUUGCAGCAGCGUGCAAUGCAGGAUUUAUUCCCUCUCCUGUUCUGGAUUCUUGGUGUUCUUUGUUCAAUGUAACCCACUACUCACGAAGCUCUCGUCUUUUUUUUUUUUUUUUACAAGCC